AUGGCUUUCCCCCAGCUAUCUGUCAGGUUCACUUGCAAAACUGUCUGGCUCCCAGUGUUUGAUGUCACCCAUUCCAGCUGCAGACACACUCUUCUUUUCCUUUUAGAGACUUCUCCAGGAGUUGCUGAGGUGACGUUUGUGGAAAAGGAACCAGCUGAACGCCACACUAUCAUUUCAUGGGAGCAAAAAAACUCCUGCGUGUUGCCAGAGGAUUUAAAGAACUUCUAUAUGAUGACUGAUGGCUUCCAGAUGACCUGGAGUGUGAAGACUGAUGAUACCCCGAUGCCCUUGGGUUCCAUGGUGAUUAAUAGUGUCUCAAAGCUAUGUCGACUUGGGGGUUCCUCAAUGUACACUCUACCUAAUGCACCAACUCUCGCUGACCUGGAAGAUGACACAGAUGAGGAAGGUAAUGAAGGCAAACCAGAGAAGCCACACUUUGAUUCUCGUAGUCUUAUCUUUGAAUUAGACCCAUGCAACGGGAAUGGGAAAGUUUGUCUUGUUUAUAAGCACACUAAACCAGUUGUCUCCGCAGACACAGAGAUAUGGUUCUUGGACAGAGCUCUAUAUUGGCAUUUCCUCACCAAAACCUUCACAGCCUAUUACCGCCUGCUCAUCACCCACCUGGGUCUCCCACAGUGGCAAUAUGCCUUCACCAGCUAUGGGGUCAGCCCCCAGGCUAAGCAAUGGUUUAACAUGUAUAAACCCAUAACCAUCAACACAGCUCUCCUUUCUGAAGAAGCUGACUCCUUUGUGAACAAGCUGGACCCCAGCAAGGUAUUUAAAAGCAAGAGCAAAACUCCAGUGAUCAAAAAGAAACCACCCUCCCAGCCAGCAGGCUCCCAAAAGAGCCAUACUAGCAUGACCUCCUCCAAGACUUCCUCACUACCUGGGAAUUCUUCAAGGAAGCGAGAUCCCCAGAUCUGACCCUGGACAGCAUUUGCAAUAAGCUUUGAUGUUCUCUGCAGAAUCUGAGAGCUUCAGACCAAGCCCCUUGCUGUGCAUGAGUAGAUCUUCCCAUGGAAACUACAUUGUUGCAUUUGCAUGAAAUAUAACUACAAUGUACUUUGACGUGGGAGGGAGGUAGAUCCUGGUGGCUUUGCGCAAAAACCUUGAGACACUGAUUUAAUUCACUUCUGCUACUUGCAGCAUGUACUUUUCAGAGGGCAUGAAGUUCUUGAUGUCACUGCUCUGUAGAGAAGCUGUUAUUACAGUGCAACUACAGCCCUGAAAUGAAAGUAAAUGUAAGCCACUAUUACUUUAUUAGACCCUCGCUGAAAUACAGUAUGUGAGGCUAUUUCUGCUGGCUCCUCUGAAAGAAACCUGCCCUGACCUCGCAUGUUAUGGGAGCAGGCUGGAACCCACAACACAAAGAAAUAUCUUUCACUUCAGAUAGAUAGACUCAAACUCUGCAUUUCCCUGUAUUCCUUACAAUCUUCCAGCUCUGAGAUUAACGGUAUAGUGGGACCUGAGGUUUCUGUGUCCCUGCAUUGGCCUAACCACUUGCUCUACAGCCUAGACCACUCCUUGGCCUUCAUGCCAUAACCUUUGGGAUAGUGAGCUCUGUGUGAUGUCCUCUGCAAUGAGCCUGGCGGCAACAAGAAGAUGCAAGAACCCUCGUUGCCUCUGCUUUCUCCUCUUGCGGGAACUGGCUGGGGGCUGCUGGGCCAGGGCAGCCACAGGUGUACAGUAGUGUAAGACAGGAGGACACCUUGAUUUGUUACUCGUUCAUUUGCCAAGCUAAGUAU